AUGCAUCGAUACGGAUCGCCACCGAAGAGUUGGCUUGGUCUACGACUGCGCUUGGGUGAGAAGCCCGUCCAGGAGGAGAAUAGUGACAUUGUUUGCCAACAUCCCAACUGUUCAGACCGACACACUGCCACCAAGGUCUGUCACCAUCAACUCUGCCAGGAGCUGAAAGAAGGGAGCCCGGUUCAUGUCUGUGAGUCAUGUGACUCCCACAACCACCCAGGUGUUGGCAACAUGCAUUUUGACAGGCAGCCUCAAUUUGAUCUGCAACCACAAGGUUCCAUCCUGGCCCGGAACAUGUCCACUCGCUCCUGCUCACAUCGUACCGGACCCCCCUCGGACAUGGAGGAGAGCGAAGAGGGGAGCUGUGACCUGGGGGAUCGUAGAAGUGGGGGUAUAAAACUAGUAAAGAGCAAAGUGAGACGACGAAACACAGAAGACCCCAGAAAGGAGUGCUUCACCCUGAAGUUCGACCUAAAUGUGGAUAUUGGCACGGAGACGGUCCCUGCUGUGAAGAAAAAGACUUUAAGAGAGGUGCUUGGGACCGUGUUUGAGCGUAAAGGGAUUGAGUUGUCCUCUGUUGAUUUAUUUCUGGAUCAGUCAAACACUCCACUCUCCUUGGGCUUUGAGGCGUACCGCUUUGGUGGCCACUACCUCAGAGUACGAGCACGAGCGGGAGAAGAGCUGAAGGUGGAGCGAGGGGUGAAAGACCCUCGUUCUCUCAGUCUGCCCAUCAUGAGAACCUCCAGCGUACGCUUUGCCUCCAGUGGCAGAGUAGAGCAUGGCUCACUGGGAAGACGGGAAGCAGCAGAUCUGCUAGUCAGUCUGUCAUAUAGGCCUAAGACCACAGGACUAGUUGCUACCCGUGUACAGUGCUUUGAGGCUAACACUACCUCGCCUGUCAGCCCUGUGUUCCGUGGAACACCUUCUUCUCCCAUCAGCCCUACUGACAAUCAAUGGGAAGCCAAGCCAGGAACCAAGGCUCAAGCUCGGCGGCGAAAGAACAUGACAGAGUUCCUGGGAGAUUCGAGCAUUCCCACCUCAGACUCUCAGUCUCAGCAGAGUGGUUCGGUUCCAAACUCAAUAUCAGGGACGGAUUGCCGGAAGAACCGCGCCGCAAGCCGCUUCAGCGUUCUGUUUAGUUCCAACUCAGGGAAUGGCUCUCUGGGCAAGGAAUGUGAUCGUGUAGAGCAGCUGAAGAAUAAACUACACUCCUAUACCUUGUUUGGAUUACCCAAAGUACCACAACAGCUCUCCUUUCACAGAGACUCCUGGGAAGAGGAGCCGAAUCUGGAGCUGGAAGAGAGCUGGCAGGAGCUUCUGGAGAACCCUGUGACGUUGACCCGACGUCAGUGCCACCAGCAGGAGGCGAUAUGGGAGCUGCUACAGACAGAGGCAGCCUACAUUAAGAAGCUACAUGUCAUAACUGAUCUGUUUCUUGGUGGGCUGCUGAACCUGCAGGAUAGCGGGUGGUUGAGUGAGGUGGAGUCAUCACGCUUGUUCAGUAACAUCCAGGACAUUGUGCUGCUACACACCUCCUUUUGGUCUGAGGUCAUGCUGCCCACAUUGGAGAAAGCCAGGCAGAACAAGGCCUUACUCAACCCCAUGGACCUACACCAGGGUUUCAGCAAUUUUGGUUUUAGGUUCAAGCCCUACAUCCAUUACUACAUGGAGGAGGAGGCCUGUAUGGAGUAUAUGCGCACUUUGCUUAAAGAGAAUGAGCUCUUCAGAACCUAUGUGACUUGGGCAGAGGGACAUAAGCAGUGCAACCGGCUCAAGCUGACAGACAUGCUGGUAAAGCCCCAUCACCGCCUCACCAAGUAUCCACUGCUGCUCAAAAGUGUCCUGAAAAAGACAGACGACCAACCAGCACGGGAGGCCCUCAACAGCAUGGUGGCUGAAGUGGAGAGCUUCAUAAACAGUGUGGACACUCAGAUGCAGCAGAAGGAGGAGAGAGAGAAACUGGCCGCAGUUGCUGCACGUAUUGAAGCCUAUGAAGCGGUGGAGGGGGCCAGUGAAGAGGUGGAGAAGAUCCUCAGGGAGUAUAAUCAGUUUGACCUGACUGCCCCAGUGAUGGGCGCCUCACCUGAAAAGAUACGACAACUACACCUGGAAGGGUCACUACGCAUGAAAGAGGGCAAGGAAAGCAGAAUGGAUGUGUACUGUUUCUUAUUCACUGAUGUACUGCUGAUCACUAAGCCAGUGAAGCGAGUGGAGAGGGUUAAAGUGAUCCGACAGCCUCUCAUCAUCCAUAACGUGGUGUGCAGGGAGCUGAAGGACCCAGGAACUUUUCUUCUCAUCUACCUCAAUGAGUUCCGCAUCGCCGUGGCCUCCUACUGCUUCCAGGCCAACAGCGCUACUCAGGGCCGCAGCUGGGUAGAGGCUAUCUGCAAUGCUCAGAAUCAAGUUCAAAGGCUUCGCUCAGAAUCCAGCCGAGAGGACAGAGAGGAGACAGAGGAGGAGGGAGAUGAGACAGAGAGCAGCAUGUCCACAUCCAGUUCCCCCUCUGUGCUGCACAAAGAUUCACUGGGCAAGAGCCGUUCUCUCUCGUUCAGCCAUUCUGACGGCUCGACCGAGACCCUGUCAGUGGUCACCAUGGACGAUACAACUGAUGUCGCAUCAUCGUCGCCCCUGGAGACAGAAUGUUCGGGAUCCUUGAGGAGCUCUGUGCAUUCUGAAUCAUCCAGCUCACGAGAUUCCCUCUCCAUGACAGACAGGAGGGCCCUAGAGGGCCUGGGUGAUCUCACUGCCAUGGAGACAGAUCCUGAAAGUCGAUCUCUGUCUAAUGACAGUGCUUAUGGCACUCUCUCCCCUGAAUCACUGAUCACAGAGCUGGAGCUGAAAGCAGGAACAGGGCAGAGUGAGGAAGAGGAUACCGACAUAGGAGAAGAAGAAGAUUCAUUUGAAGAUGAAGAGGACGGAGAGGAGGAGUCAACGGCCUGGAAUGGCUCCCAAGUCACCGUGAAUGAGUCAGACAUCUUGGAUGAGGGCUUGAUUUUUGUACAGGGAAAGACGGGCGAACCCAUGGACAGCCCUAACGCGUCAGGCAGCCAUUCGCUGAAGCUACGCCGCCGCUCCCCCGUCCAGCCACGCCCACAUCACGUACAACAUUUUGCACUCAGGUCACGCUCCGAGGACGACCUCCUCCAGCGUUUUACGUUCCCUCAGCACUCCAAAGACAUCAGGAAUCAUCAUGGUGUUAGCCGCAGUUUAGCGCAUCUCUCCAAACGUGCCUCACAAAGUGCAGAGUUCUUAUCGACGGUAGAGCAGGAACAUCCUGUCCAAGAUCCACAGGACUCAGAGACUUUAUGCAGAGAGGCAACAGACACGCUGACGGUUAGGCAGAGGAUCCAGAGCUGCCCCAAUAGUCGGCAGGACAGAAACAGCCUGGAUGAGGAGAUAGAUCCUCCUGGCGUGUGGGAGGAUAAAUGUGACUUUGCGCCAACCAAGCAGACGCAACAUAAGAAGCUGACCCUGGCCCAGCUGAACAGAAUGCGCACCACUAUGGUCCUGAACUCCACACUCACUGCCUCGUAA